AUACGUGGCAUUAUCUCGGGAGGAGAGUACACAUUUUAUUAAUUCCUUUUCGCAAUUGUUUGUUUGAUGAAAGUCAAGUGCAACGCAUUUGACGAGCCAGUGCUUAUCAUCAUUGUGCGAAAAAACAUAAAAUCGCAGUUUCCAGUCAACGAAAAUAUCAAAUUUGCGUGCCGCAGAAUUUUGCGAGAGUGUUGUGACGCAGAAGCGUCUGUUUCUGCAAGCAAGAAAUUGAAUUAUUCAAGAGUUUUAUAGAAGAUUAUUAACUCUAUAAAGGAAAGGAGGAUCGAGACAAUUUUACGAGCCAUUAAGAUUUAACGAGCGCUUCCAGGACUCGUAGCAACAUGGACUUGUUGGGUCUAGAUUUCCAUUCUCUCGAAUUGGGGGAUGUAAAACCGUCGAAGGAAAACUUCCUACAGGUCAAACGUAACGAUGUUCUAGAAAAGAACGACGGUGUCAGGGAGCGAAAGCAUAGAUCGAAAUCGGGCGUAGAAAAUUCGCUCGACGGACUGCGGACGAUCAAUUUGGAGGAGGUUGCUUGGCACGAUACGCCGGAUGAUUGCUGGCUAGCGAUCCACGAUUAUGUGUAUGAUUGCACAGAGUUUCUGAAGAAUCACCCGGGCGGCCAGGAUGUCCUUCUGGAGUAUGCCGGACGUGACGCUACUUUGGCAUUUAUCGGCACCGGGCAUUCCGCUGUAGCUAGGACAAUUUUAGAUCGGUAUCAAAUCGGCGAACUGCCGCCAAAGGAGAGAAUUUUCCGCACUCCUAACGGCGUGAAAGUCUCGGGAUUCUGAUCUAUUUGAAUUGUCAACUAUCGUCAUUAUUAUUGCAACGCAACAGAUAAUUAUCGAUUAGGUAAUAGGUAUUUAUGACUAUGCUUGACGCGUCGAUAUAUGUAUGUGUUGCAGUAUAUUACAAUUUUAACUUUAGCUGCGCAUUUGUUUUCGAACGCCUUGUGAUAACAUGUCGAUAUAUUUUAUCAAUAAUACUAUCUAGCGCGCGAGACCGACGACUUCGUGAAACUUCGAAACAUAUCGUUCCAAAGUAAAAACAUACCGUUCUAAAGUAAUUAAUACUUCACAGUAGUUGUAUUUCGUAAGAAUCUCAAUUCCAUAUCAGAUAACAUUGCAUGUUUACGGUUAGCGUUUGUCAUGUAAUUUAUACGAUAAAAUGAUACACAAGUUCAAAAGUUUCGGUUUGUAAUACACCGAUAUAUUGCGUGCGCGCGCGUGUGUGUUACAUCUGUGAUCUACGACGGUUAUUGCGUUCUGUGUAAUACUAUAAACGCAUUUUAUUAAUAAUAUAUAAAUCUGAUUAAUAAUAUCAGAAACAAAAACCAUGUAUUAUCAAAGAUCAAUUAAUUUUUUAUAUCAUAUUUAAAAAAUUUUUUGACAUUUUAAUACAAUAAACAUUCCACAGAAUCAUAACAACAUUUUAUUGCACAUAUAGAUAAUAUAAUUAUAGGACGUGUAGGUUUUGAAAAAUACAAAGUAACAAAUUUCAAUAUUUGUUACAAUAGAAUUCUUGUCUCUUGACUCCUAAUUGAAUGUAGCAAAAUUCGAGGUGGCUCAUUCUGUGUGUGAGAUCUAUAUAUUAAUAUAAAUAUUUUACUUCUCGCUCUGAAGUAUAGCUCAAUGUACAAUGGCAUGUUGCAUGUGAUAAUACAAUAAACUAGACGGGAAGUAUAUUUCUUUAUGAAAAGAUGAAAAUAGUUGUAAAAUAGUUGUAAAAACAGAAGAAAUAAUAAAGCAAAAAGCUGUGCUUAAAGUACUUUAUUUGUAUCGGGUACAUUAUAUUUCUUGGUUCUCUAACAUUUACAAUACACACACAUUAAAACAUUUAUAAUAUACACACAUGAUAAGAUUUAUAACAUACAGUGUGAGGUAAUAGCGAUGUUGCUCGAUUUAUUAUAUUGAUGUAACUCGGUGUAAUACAUUCUCUGUUAAUCGAGACGAAGACGAGAGAAGGCGAGUCUGUUAUUUUAUUAAAUUAAUAAUAUACUCAGUUUAUACAUUAGCGUCAUAAAGUUAUCUCUAUAAUUAAAUGUACACAUAAUAAUACCCUUUGCAAUAUUUUCAUAUAAUCACAAAACAUACAUAUAUACA